ACCAAAGGUAGCGGGAAUACCACCACGCACGGGCACCAUGCCCAUCGUCCAGUUUGCGCCCUUCUCCUCGCUCGUCCAGCCGUCCUUCUGGCACGAGCUCACAAAGCUCAAGAUCGAUGUCCUCAAGCUGUCCGACGAGAGCCUGUCCAUUCACGGCCACUACUCGGCUGGGAAGACAAUCAAGGAUCGCGAGACCGGCAACGAUAUCGCGCUGGGCUGCAACCUGAGUGUCGGAGAGGACGCGUUUAGCAAGGAAUUCCACGCACCGCCGAACGCGGUUCCGGCUACUGGCGUCUUCAAGAACUACAACACGAUCGAAGAGUUCAAGGCUGCGGACAAGACCGCGCUGUUCAACAAGGUUGCAGAUGAGAUCUGGGCAGCCGUCAUGACCAACAAGGACCCUUCCAUCCUCAACCGUUUCCUCCUCAUCGCGUAUGCAGACCUGAAAAAGUACAAGUACUACUACUGGUUCGCCUUUCCUGGCUUCGUAGCGAAGCCUGCAUGGGAGAUCACGGAUGGCUGGAGAGCGGCGGAUACAGUGCUAUCUUAUGAAGCGAUGAAAGCUAUCCAUGACGAUCUGGCCAAGUCCCUGAAGCCCUACUUCCUGGUCCGCACGAACGGCAAGGUGCCCGAGGUGGCGUCCGUAGAGAGGUAUGAGGAUUUCUUUGCAGGUGUGCCGCCGUCUUCGCAACUCGUCGGCUUCCUGGACCCCUCCGCCAUCCCCGAGAACCCCGGCUGGCCCCUGCGCAACCUCCUCGCGUACCUGCGCUCCCUCUCGCCCGCCACCACCGCCUCCCUGCGCGUCCUCUGCUGGCGCGACACCGAGCCCCCGCACGCCGGCUCCGGCUGGCGCUCGCGCUUCGGGGUCGUCGAGGCGGGCGUGCCGCAGGAGGCAACGGAUGCUCGCCCGAGCGCGGUGGGGUGGGAGAAGAACGUGCAGGGGAAGCUGGGCCCGCGCGUGGCGGACCUCGCGCCGAUGAUGGACCCGACGAGACUCGCCGACCAGGCUGUGGACCUCAACCUGAAGCUGAUGCGCUGGCGCAUCCUGCCCGCGCUCGACCUCGACAGGAUCGCGGCGACAAAGUGCCUCCUGCUGGGCGCGGGGACGUUGGGGUGCUACGUCUCGCGCACGCUCAUGGGCUGGGGCGUGCGCAAGAUCACGUUCGUCGACUCGGCGCGCGUGUCGUUCUCGAACCCCGUGCGGCAGCCGCUGUUCGAGUUCGAGGACUGCCUCGACGGGGGCAAGCCCAAGGCCGCGUGCGCCGCGGCACGACUAAAGAAGAUCUUCCCGGGCGUCGACGCGGCGGGGUAUAACCUCUCCAUCCCGAUGCCGGGCCACCCCGUCCCGCCGGGCUCGGUCGAGCAGACGAAGAAGGACGUCGCGCAGCUCGAGAAGCUCUUUGACGAGCACGACGCUGUUUUCUUGCUCAUGGAUUCCCGGGAGAGUCGCUGGCUGCCAACAGUUCUGGGAGCCUCCAAGGGGAAGAUUGUCAUGAACGCCGCGCUCGGAUUCGACACGUUCCUCGUGAUGCGCCACGGCCCCCGCGCUGCGACGUCCGCCGGAACGCGCCUGGGCUGUUACUACUGCAACGACAUCGUCGCCCCCGCAGACUCUCUGACUGACCGGACGCUCGACCAGAUGUGCACGGUCACGCGCCCGGGGCUCGCCUCCAUAGCAGCGUCGACGGCGGUGGAGCUGUUGGCUUCGCUCCUGCAGCACCCCGACGGCAUCCGAGCGCCCGCCCCGCCACCCCAGCCGGGGAACGCGCUGCCAGAUCCAGGGACCUCCGGGAGCAUCCUCGGGCUGGUGCCGCAUCAGCUGCGCGGAUUCCUCGCCCAGUUCAGGAACAUGCUCAUCACCGGUGCGGCGUAUGAUCGGUGCACCGGGUGCAGCGAGACGGUGCUCAAGGCGUACGAGGAGCGCGGCUUUGCGAUGCUCCUCCAGGCGUUCAACGAGCCGGGGUACCUGGAGGAGCUUACCGGGCUGAGCAAGCUGCACGACGAGGGCGAGGCGAUCAUGGAAAGCGUCGACUGGGACGAGGACGACGAGUGACGAAUAAGGAUAGGAUUCAAUGUACGAUGAUACCCUCAAUGUGCGGAUUCUUUGUAUCAGCUGUCUUCUUCUGAUUGUAUCAAUCAAUGCUAUCGGUAUCGGGCGCUCGAUCACACGAUUCAGAUUGU